UCAGACUUCCUGCUAUUCGAGAGACGUAGUUCGUGGUUGACUUCGGCUGGUAGUAGUUAGCCACGGUUAGCAAUGGAUCAAUCCCUGAAUGUUUUUGCGGUGGCUGCAUGGGUUCUGCUUUUACUCUACAGCGGUCCUGUGAGCUCGGACGAAUCCUGUGCUAAAAGUGCUACUAAAACGGCAGAACCGGCUGCGUGCUCAAGGAUAACUUCAUCCACUCUCGCAACGGCUGCUAAAUCAGCAACUACUUCUGUAACCCCGGUGCAUGACAGAAGUGUGCACAGCGCUUCUGAAGCUGCUUUAAUGUCACAGAUGCACGGAUCAUGGAGAGUGGUGGCUGGUUAUGUCCGAAAAUUCACCACGAAAGCGUUCUGUCCGGAAGUCACGUUUUCCGUUGACUCUGUCGACCCAAACAACGUAACGGUGUCUUGGAACAAAGCAGAGCCAUUCGAAAACGUCGUUCCUCGAGGAAGAAUGACCAGAAGGGAUAAUUGGAAUCUGGUGGAUGAUGAUGGUUUCCAUCACAUGGAAGUGAUAAAACUGGAGAGAUUCCUGGCCCUGAGAGUGUGGAACCUCCACUUCCGGAGAGCGCUCAUUCUCUCUCCUGUGUCUGUCCCCGGCAAGAAAGACGUUGGGGGUAACGUCUUCGAUUUUAUCAUGUCGAUCCACGCAGACGUUCAUCUAAGGGAUGGCCCGGCGUGGUACAUCUGCGCCGCGGCUUACUACUCCAUGCCAUCUUCCGGAGACGGCCGAUAAGCGAUUGCAUACAAGAAUUGAGGGAAGUCGUUCCACAAAGCAUGAACUAAAGAGAACGAAAGCAAUGCACGCAAUUUUUGAUUUAUAACUUGAAUUUACAAAAUGUGGCAUUGUUGAAAUGAUUGAAUUG